AUGGAGGAGGUUGUUAUUGGGGAUGACACCGCCAUCAGAUUCUCAGGAUGCAAAACAGGGGGCGCAUGCACUGUGGUGGUGCGGGGUAGCAGCGACCAGGGAGUUGACGAAGCAGAACGAUCCCUGCAUGAUGCGUUGGCUAUACUAUCUCAGUUGGUGCUGCAGGAGCAGCAGCAGAGGAAGCAGCAGCGGCAAGCAGCAGCAGCAGCAGCAGGUCUUGCUGCUGCUGCUGCUGAAACUAUGAAUGAAGCUGUACUAGCAGCAAACGAGCAGCAGCUGCUGCUUGUAUGCGGCGGGGGAGCAGCAGAGAUGGCCAUGGAGGCUGCUGUUUCUUCUCUAGCUACCACUAUACCGGGAAAGGAAGUAUAA